UAUUUGCAGGUUUCAAAUCAUUCGCUACACACAAUUCUUCAUCGGCGGCGCGUUUAGGUCUCUCCGGCGAAAAUCAAAUCAACCAAAGCAAUAAGCCAUGGGACACUCUAACGUCUGGAACUCUCACCCCAAGACCUAUGGUCCUGGUUCUCGCACUUGCCGUGUGUGCGGUAAUUCACAUGGAUUGAUCAGGAAGUAUGGCCUUAUGUGCUGCAGGCAAUGCUUCCACAGCAAUGCCAAGGAAAUUGGUUUCAUUAAGUACCGCUGAAGAGCUAUUGUAUCUGCCGAACCAAUGUUAGGUUUUGGCAUUAGAAUGUUGUGAUGUGAGGUGGUUUUGUUUGAAGUAACUUUAUUUAGACGAAAUGUUUGAAGAAACUUGACAAUUGUUUUUUGCAUCUAGUUUAUUUAUCAGACCUUAUGUUGUUGAAUCAAGAUUGAGAAUCCUUUUAUAUAUAUUGCUUUUUACUUCUGA